CUACUCAAUAGCUCGCACUCUGUAUUUUGGUUGGGGGGUGCGGGGGGAAUGACUUGCUGUUCUAUUUUCCCACACCAUAUUUAAAAAAAGCAAACCAGUUAAAUUUUACCUCUUGCUCUUCUUCCGUUUCAGAUUUUUGUGUUUAUUGUUUUUCCCGGGGCUGAUUGUAAGUGGAGCUUUAUUGUCCUGUUUGGAAUUAGACUAUGGCUGCAAAAAAAAGAAAAAAGGUGUUGGCCACAGGAAGGAAUGGGAAAAGUCAGAUUGUGGUUGCCUGUUUUCAUCCAUACUGCAAUGCUGGCGGUGGAGGGGAGAGAGUCUUAUGGUGUGCCUUAAGAGCCCUGCAGAAAAAGUAUCCUGAAGCCCUUUACGUCGUUUAUACGUGGGAUGAUGACAUGACCGGGGAAGUCAUGAUUGUGGAAGGUGCUCUCAGGAGAUUCAGCGUGAGAUUAGCCCUGCCGGUCAAGUUUGUGUUCCUGUGGAAGCAUUACCUGGUGGAGGCCUCCCUGUACCCUCAUUUCACCCUGCUGGGCCAGAGCCUGGGGUCUGUCUUCCUGGGCUGGGAAGCCCUCGUGGCCUUCAUCCCCGAUGUGUACAUCGACUCCAUGGGCUACGCCUUCAUGCGCCCGCUCUUCAAGUACCUGGGCAGCUGUAGGAUCGGCUGCUACAUCCACUACCCCACCAUCAGCACAGACAUGCUGACCAUGGUCAGGGAGCAGACAGCCACCUUCGACAACGCCAGCUUCAUCACCAAGAACCCCAUCCUCAGCAAAGUCAAGCUCCUCUACUACUACGUGUCCACCCUGGCCUAUGGGCUGGUGGGUGCCCCUGCAGACAUGGUGAUGGUCAACUCCUCUUGGACUCUAAGCCACAUUCUGGCUCUCUGGAAAGCCAGCCCAUGCACAUGCAUUGUCUACCCACCCUGCGAUGUGCAGGCUUUCCUGGACAUCCCGUUGCACCAGAAUAACCUGGCGGCAGCCCCGGGGGACCUGCUGGUCUCCGUUGGGCAGUUCUGGCCGGAAAAAAAACACCCUCUGCAGAUCUGAGCCUUCGCCAGACUGCUGGGAAAGGAGGCAGCCAACGUUCUCCCUUUGCUUAAGCUGGUCCUGAUUGGUGGGUGCCAAAACCAAGAGGAUGAGCAGUGGGUCAGCCGGCUCCGGAAGCUCUGCCGAGACCUGGGCAUUGGGGAAAGUGUGGAGUUCAGAAUCAACGUCCCAUUUGAGGAGCUCAAGCGGUACCUGGUGGAGGCAACGAUCGGACUCCACACCAUGUGGAAUGAGCACUUUGGGAUUGGGGUUGUGAAAUGUAUGGAGGCUGGAACAGUCAUCCUGGCCCACAAUUCGGGCGGCCCAAAGCUGGGCAUCAUAGUGCCUCAUGAAGGAAACGAUGGAUUUCUGGUGGAAAGCGAGGAGAGCUAUGCCAAGACAAUCACCCAUAUCCUUUCCCUGUCCUCAGAAAAGAGGCUGUGGAUCAGAAGAAAUGCCCGCCAGUCCGUGAGCAGAUUCUCUGAUCAGGAAUUUGAAGUGACUUUCCUCUUAGCUGUGGAGCCGUUAUUUAAGUGAAUGCCGUGGGUCUCAACAAGUUAAUAGUAUUUUUUAGAUCAUGGUCAGAUACCUUCACCUGUAAAUAUUUUUCUAAACAGGGAUUUCCUUGGUAAAGUCACCCUUUCUCUCUGUGGACAUUGGCAAGCAUAUUCAUUUUGAUGAACAGAAAAGGAAGAAUCACUGCAUGAAAACCUAUUGUGUUCUCUAUCAAAUAAGCCUAAGUUUUCUAACUUGGUGUUUGGAAUUUUACAGCUGCUUUGCAAAACCGCAGCUGAGACUGACACUAGUCUGUAAGGGUACAUAUUUUGAAAGUGACGAGUGUUCAGGUGUGCUAAGAAUGAAUCAGAAUGAAUGACUGAAGAAUGAAUUUAAUUUUUCUUUUUAAGAGAAUGAAGGGAAGGGUUUGCAUGUCUCUUAUUUGACCGGUGCCCAUCCGGAAUUGACUUUAAGCUCGUUUCUGGAAAAAUCAUUCAUAUUUAAAUUCUACAUCCUUUUCAGUGUUUGAGACUACCCCAUCCUACCUUUACUGUUGAAGUACAACAAACUGUCUUGAAGGGCUUAUUCUUUAAGUAACAAUGAAACUGGCAGCAGUUAUGUUUGUAUAAUAAUGAGGUGUGCACCUGUGGUGUAUGAAGGCACGGACUCCGGCUAGGGUAAGCACAAAAUCGUUUAUUGGGUUAAGCAGCAAGACUUUUAUAUCUUUCAGUCACAUUCUGUAUUUUUCCAUGUUCCUGUGUUUAUAACUAACACAGCAAUUCCGUAACCUUCAAGACCAGUAACAAAUAACACCCGUCUAUGCAAGGCCGUAGGGCCGAUAACAAGUAACUCUUGCCUGUACAAGGCUGUGAUAACAGAGACCAGCCUUUUGGCCACAGCUCUCCUCUCAGUUCCUUGUUUACGUGGCCCUGCUGUUCCCCACAGGCACCAGUGUCAGUUCUCAAAGUUCUUGUAAUAAUCUGUUUCUCCAAAAGCUAUCUCAUGGUGUCGAGCUAUGAGCUAACAGCUUUCAUGUGCAGCUCCCACCCCCACUGUCCUGAGAGCACUUCAAGCUGUCGAUGUUAGCCCACAAAAGGAUCUGUUUGGACUGUCAUUUCUAAGGUUACUCCACUCCAUUUCAUCUGAACCUUCAGCAGAGUUAAAAUAUUCCAGUUCUCCUGUAAGACUUCCAAGCUCCAGGUUUCCUGGAAACAGAAGGAGGGUGCUUUCUGAGAAGGUGCCCCACCUAGGCCACCUCCCACCCUUCCAGGGCUAAAGCUUUCUUACUCUCCAGGGACCACUAAAACCACCCAUCAUUUUAGAUGGACACAUCCCAAAAGAUAAUGUUGUGAUGCUAUGGCUGGUCUUUUCAGAAUAUCUUAAUUAUGCAUGCUUAGUUAUGUAACUGUUUUUCUGGGGCGUAGGGCUAGGUUUUAAAAGUGCAAUAAAUAAUUCAUCAUGCCAGUG